CGCAUCCUUUCAACGUCCUUCAUUACCCCAUGAGACAUGACUCGGGCUAGUCAUGAAGAAUGCGGCGACGUGGUCGACACGCAGGUGGUCAUCGUAGGCGGCGGACUCGGCGGUAUCAGUUGCGCGAUCGCGUUGAAGCGACAGCUGGGCUGCGGUGAUUUCCUGAUCUGCGAGAAAGCGGGGAACUUUGGAGGAACGUGGAGAGACAACACGUACCCGGGCAGCGCUUGUGAUACACCUACCCAUUGGUAUAGUCUCUCAACUGAACAAAACCCGCAUUGGAGCGCUUCUCUAGCACCUCAGCCAGAGCUCCUCGCAUACUGGCAAUCACUAGCAGCCAGAUAUGCCCUGCAUGAGCACACGUUCUUCCACACUCGUGUCGCCUCCGCCGUCUGGGACGAGUCCGCCUGUCGAUGGGACGUCGACGCGGAAGAUGUGCGGACUCGUCAGAGGAUACGGAUUCGCGCGAAGGCAGUAGUUUCGGCGACGGGGAUCUUGACAGAGCCGAAGAUGCCGGAAAUUGAGGGUCUGGAGCAGUUUGGAGGGAGUUGUUUCCAUUCGGCGAGGUGGGACCAUGGGGUGGACUUUCGGGGAAAGAGAGUCGCUGUCAUCGGAAACGGCGCAUCUGCCGCACAGUUCGUGCCGUGCCUGGCGGCGGACCCUAACACCUGUGUAAUCCAGUUCUGCCGCACUCCCAACUGGUUCCUCUACAGCUCAAGCGAUUCUUAUUCGCCAGCACGCCGAUGGAUUCUCGCUCAUGUGCCUUUGGCGAUGCGUCUUUUUCGGCUUUGGGUCGUCUUGGUACGCCUAGGCACGCCGGUGAUGCGGGAUAUGUGGAGGAAAAUCACGAAAGGAGGGAGCAUGCAAGAUGACGCCAUAGCCUACAUGAAGCGUACCGCUCCAGCGAAGUAUCACGACAAGCUCAUCCCGACCUUCCCUAUCGGGUGCCGCCGGCCUGUUUUUGAUCCUGGCUAUCUGGCAUGCCUUCACCAGCCGAAUGUCCAGCUGAACUGGGACGGCAUCCGAGAGAUCACGACUACAGGCAUCGUGACCAACCAAGGGGAUCAUUUAUUGGUUGAUGCGAUUGUCCUGAGCACUGGGUUCCAGACGGGCAUAUACCCCAUCUCCGUUACAGGCAGAAUGGGCGUGUCUCUCGAAGGCUUCUUUGAGUCUGAAGAUGGUCCGGCGGCACAUCUCGGCGUGUGUGUCCCAGGCUUCCCGAACUGUCUCAUUAUUGGAGGCCCGAACACGGUCACUGGAAAUGGUUCUGCUGUGUUCACGCAUGAGAUAGAGAUAAAUUACAUUGUCCAGCUCAUCAAGCCGCUCAUUCACACGCCCAAUCCCCUCUCCAUAUCUAUCCGUUCGGAUGCAUAUAUGCAGUACAACUCGCAGCUACGCGACGCACUUGCCGGCAACUCGUAUACAGGCUGUCCACCGUCGUGGUUCCGCGGGUCAGGCGGGACAGGCCGGAACUUUAGCAUCUUUCCGUGGUCACAUGGAUGGUUCUGGUGGCUGUUGAGGAAUGUAAAUUGGGUAGACUACUCCGUGGAGGGUCCAGGAGCGGCGGUGUGGUUGAAGAACCAGGAGAGGGCUAGACGGAGGCGGAGAGCUCUCGCGUCCGUCCUUAUCGUGUCUCUUGUGCUUUACAGGAUGAAGACGUGAUGUUUGUUAUCCUGGUGCUGGUAUGACGUUGUUCGGAUGAUUAGGGCUCUGAUAGCAACAUGUAGAAAAUGAUGCUAAGCUUCUGAC